GGCUGGGGACGGGGUGGGGGUCGGGGUCGGGCCCGUUCAGCCGCCAUGAAGCGGGACGUGCGCAUCUUGCUCCUGGGCGAGGCCCAGGUGGGAAAGACGUCGCUGAUCCUGUCGCUCGUGGGCGAGGAGUUCCCCGCGGAGGUCCCUCCCCGCGCCGAGGAGAUCACCAUCCCCGCAGACGUCACCCCGGAGAGGGUGCCCACGCACAUCGUGGACUACUCAGAAGCCGAGCAGACGCCGGAGGAGCUCCGGGACGAGAUUCACAAGGCAGAUGUGGUGUGUAUGGUGUACGACGCGUCUGAGGAGGCCACCAUUGAGAAGAUACGAACUAAGUGGAUCCCACUGGUGAAUGGGGAGACCAAUAAAGGUUCCAGAGUCCCCAUCAUCCUGGCAGGCAACAAGUCAGACCUGCGGCCAGGGGGCUCGAUGGGGGCUGUGCUGCCCGUCAUGAACCAGUUCCCUGAGAUUGAGACAUGUGUGCAGUGCUCUGCCAAGAACCUGAGGAACGUCUCGGAGCUGUUCUACUACGCGCAGAAAGCCGUGCUGCACCCCACAGCCCCGCUCUACGACCCAGAGGCCAAGCAGCUGAGGCCCGCGUGUGUCCAAGCCCUCACACGUAUCUUCAGACUCUUGGACCAGGAUUUGGACCAGGCGCUCAGUGAUGAGGAGCUCAACACCUUCCAGAAAUCCUGCUUUGGGCACCCGCUGGCCCCUCAGGCCUUGGAGGAUGUGAAGACAGUGGUGUGCAAGAACGUGGCCGGAGGCGUGCGGGAUGACCGGCUGACCCUGGACGGCUUUCUGUUUUUGAACACGCUGUUCAUCCAGCGGGGCCGUCACGAGACCACAUGGACCAUCCUACGGCGCUUUGGUUAUGGGGACACACUGGUGCUGACCCCGGACUACCUUGUCCCGCCGCUCCACGUGCCCCCCGGCUGCAGCACCGAGCUCAACCAUUUUGGGUACCAGUUCGUGCAGAGGGUGUUUGAGAAGCAUGACCGGGACCGCGAUGGCUGCCUCUCGCCUGCAGAGCUGGACAGCUUCUUCAGCGUGUUCCCCGCUACCCCGUGGGGCCCACAGCUGCCUCUUGAGGUCUGCACCGAGGCGGGCCGGCUGUCUUUGCAUGGGUACCUCUGCCAGUGGACCCUGGUGGCCUACAUGGACGUCCGGCGUUGCCUCGAGCACCUUGGCUACUUGGGCUACCCCACGCUCUGCGAGCAGGACUCGCAGGCCCACGCCAUCUCAGUCACUCGUGAGAAGAGGCUGGACCAGGAGAAGGGGCAGACGCAAAGGAACGUUCUCUUGUGCAAGGUGGUGGGGGCCCGCGGAGUGGGCAAGUCCGCAUUCCUGCAGGCCUUUCUCGGCCGCAGCCUGGGGGACACCAGGGAGCCCGUGGAGGGACAAGCCGUCUAUGCCAUCAACACGGUGCAGGUCAACGGGCAGGAGAAGUACCUGAUACUGUGCGAGGUGAGUGCGGACAGCCUGCUGGCCACGGCACCUGAUGCCACCUGUGACGUGGCCUGCUUGGUGUUUGACGGCAGCGACCCCGGGUCCUUUGCACCUUGUGCCAGUGUCUACAAGCGCCACUACAUGGACGGGCAGACCCCUUGCCUCUUUGUCUCCUCUAAGGCCGACCUGCCCGAAGGCAUCUCUCCGCCCGGCCUGUCCCCUGCAGAGUUCUGCCGCAGACACCGGCUGCCCGCCCCGGCCCUGUUCUCGUGUGUGGGUCCGGCUAAGCCCAGCACUGCUGUGUUCACCCGGCUCGCUGCUAUGGCCGCUUUCCCACACCUGGUCGACGGGGAGCUGCACACCACCUCCUUCUGGCUGCGGGUGACACUGGGGGCCAUUGGGGCUGCUGUCACUGCUGUCCUCAGCUUCUCACUCUACAGGGCCCUGGUGAAGAGCCGGUGAGGCCACCAGGGUACUGGUGUGGGGGCCACCUGCUCGCGGGGUCUUCCUUCUGUCUCAGCUGGGCUUCUGGGACACUGUCCACUGGCCUUCCUGAGCCCCAGGGACAGGCCCCCCCAGUCCUGGCAGCCUGUGUUCCUACCCAGCUGCAGAUACCAGGCACCACCCGGUUGGGGUAUCACAUGUUGGAGGGACUGGGCGUCCUGGGUGAGGAAGCAGGAACCCCAGACCCACGUGUUCUCCGGGUGGCAUGAAGGGGGUCAGAAGACUGAACUCUGGGCCAAAGGUGGGGGCGGGGGAAGGACAUGGUUGAGCAUCUCAGGGCCUCUCACACUCCUCCCGGAAGACAUGAAGUGGGGUCCCCUGAUUAAACUUCACUUAUAUCUUUUGCA